AUGUUUGAUAAGUCCGUUGUUCGCCAACCUGACACUAUGUACCUGAACCACUAUGAAGGUCAUCUCAGUUACAACAAACACGCUAGUGCGUUUCAAUGCAGAAACUGUGGUAACUUUUUCAAAAGUUGGAUCAUCUGCAGACACGAGCAAAAAUGUGACCAAGCAACAAAUUUAAAAUUUCGCGGAGGAUUUAACAACCCACCCAAGUCCCUACACGAAAAUCUAAUCUUUUUCAGAUUAAUUGAUGCCAGGGAGCCAAGAAAAUUUUAUAAAUUCGUGACGGCUUAUGACUUAGAAUCCAUUUUGCGAAAAGUACAAAUCAAAUCUAGUACAGGCAAACUUGUUUGGACUGAGCAGCAUCAAGCAAUUUCAGUUAGUUUGUGCUCUAAUGUGCCAGAUUUUGAAACACCGAUUUGCUUUGUGGAUCCCAACUUAGACUAUCUGCUUGAAAAGAUGUUUGAACAUUUGAAAUGUAUUCAACAAAGAGCAUCUGAUGAAAUGCAAAAUACAGUUCCAUUAUUGAUAACAUCAAUACAAAGAUCAAGGAACUGGAAUCCAAGAUGCCGCCAUCAAGCAAACAGUCUAAGAAAAGAACCAGGUCAAAAUAGAAGUCUAUACUUGAUAAUGGUCAUGCUGAGACUGAUGAUGAUAUCUUUGAUGAUUCCAAUGAUUAUGAAAAAGAGGACGAUGAUGUUGGUAUUGAUGGACUUGCCAAUGAAACUGAUGAAGAUGAGCCAGUCUCUGAAGAAAUGCUUAAGGCUUUGAAAAAGCCAAAUACAGCCAGAGAAUUCUUUAAAAAUAUUGAGAAAAUAGGCGAUUUUGACUCGAUAGAAUGUGAAAGAAACAGUGAAGAUGGUUUCUAAGUAGUUGAUUACUUCGACAAUGAAACAUCACCAGACAAGGAGGAUGAUAUUACAUCUCUGUCAAGUCCAGAAGGCUGCAUUGCUUCUGAUGCUGAAGAAGAAG